AUGGAGUUCAUUCGCAAAUUUGGGUUUGGGUUACUUUCGAUUUCGAGGUGGAAAAGACCGCCAAGAAGACACGCAGUGCUGUGUGGCUGGCGCAAUCUGCGAUUUAACGCGACUCUUCCUCAGCUGUCCGGCUCAAGGAUCGUACUCCGUGACUACCAGGAGGAAAGCAUCCAGUCAGUGCUAAAGUACCUAGGCGAUGGCCACCGACGUCUUGGGAUUUCGCUAGCUACUGGUGCAGGGAAAACGGUCAUAUUCACACAACUCAUCGACCGAGUUCCGCCACGCGAUGCAAGGGCAACGAAGACUCUGAUCAUUGUCCACCGACGCGAAUUGGUUGAACAAGCGGCGAAGCAUUGUCGACUUGCCUAUCCGGACAAAAUCGUGGAGAUUGAGAUGGCGCAAAAUGUAGCCACUGGACAUGGCGACAUUAUUAUCGCGUCUGUACAAACUCUCUCCCGAGGACGUAUCAACAAAUUCGAUCCUAGCGAUUUUAAACUCAUUCUUGUGGAUGAAGCACAUCACAUUGUGGCGCGAUCAUAUCGCGAAGUUUUAGGUUAUUUUGGACUGAAUGAACCUAACUCUGAUGCGCCGGUGCUUGUCGGAGUCUCUGCAACCUUUUCACGAUUUGACGGGCUCAAACUGGGCGCUGCCAUUGACCACAUUGUCUAUCAUAAAGACUAUGUUGACAUGAUCGGUGACAAUUGGCUGGCAAAUGCGGUCUUCACCACAGUCAAGUCGCAAGCGAAUCUUUCAAAUGUCAAAAAAGACAAGUUUGGCGACUUUGCUCUCGCCUCGCUUUCACAAGCCGUCAAUACUGUCAAUACCAAUAAUAUCACGGUCCGGGCAUGGAUGGCCAAUUCUCAGGACCGAAAGUCUACUCUGGUCUUCUGUGUGGAUGUCGAACAUGCCCGACAGCUUACUGCGACGUUCCGUGAGCACGGCGUUGAUGCUCGCUACAUUACAGCCACGACUCACAAAAACGUCCGAUCAGAGCAACUCGAAGCCUUUAGGAAACAAGAAUAUCCGGUUCUGUUGAAUUGUGGUUUAUUUACAGAGGGCACUGAUAUUCCAAACAUCGAUUGUGUGCUUCUGGCGCGACCGACUAGAUCACGAAACCUGCUCAUCCAAAUGAUUGGGCGUGGGUUGCGUCUGUUUCCUGAGAAGAAGGAUUGCCACAUCAUUGACAUGGUUGCGUCUUUGGAAACUGGGGUCCUCUCAACCCCAACCCUCUUUGGUCUCCAUCCCGAUGAGGUCCUGGAAAAGUCCAGUGUGAAAGAUAUCCAAAAAGGCAACCAAGAGGAAAAUAAUACAGAGCCACCUAUUGCUCCCUCAGGUGACCCAGAUGGAAACACCAACCUUAAAUUCACCAGAUACGAUAGUGUCUACGACCUAUUGGAAGACACGCAGUCCGAACGACAUAUCCGUUCUCUGAGCCAAAAUUCUUGGGUCCGGGUGGAUGAUACGAAAUAUUUACUAUCAGAAUCGUCGGGGUGGCUAACGAUCGAGCAUGAGAAAGAAAUGUUUGUGGUACGCCACGUCAUGAAAUUCAACGACCCAACGACCGAGGUUCUCCAAUUUACCCGUCCGCGGCUGAUUGCAUCUGGACCGGAUUUGGAAACCGCUGUCCGCGCAGCAGACACAUACGCUGGUGCCAAAUUUGAAAAGCGAUACAUCUCAUCCCGGCAACCCUGGCGACAGAGUCCAGCCACCUCGGCUCAGAUCGCAAUGCUGAACAAAGCCCGUAUCCGAGACGGUAGCUUGAAGAUUGGAGAUUUGACACGGGGUCAAGCCACUGAUAUUAUCACUAAGCUGAAAUUUGGGGGUAAGAAACGGUUCAAGCAAGCUGAGGUCAAGCAACGGAAGCUGCAACGGAAGGAAAAUGAGCUGAACGAGUUGCGACGGAGAACCAAUGUCAAGGUUGGGCCGUUAGAAGGCUGA